AUGGCGACUAGUGGUUCUUCGAGUUAUGAGAUUGAAAAACUUCAAAAAGGAUGUUAUUAUGAGUGGAUGAUUUUACAAGCUAAACACAUAGUUGAUCUCAAAGAAGCACUCACAAGUCAACAAUCCAACAAGAACGAUCACAAACUUGGAGAGCUCGUUGGUGAAAUCGUCGAUGACUUUCAAAAGUACACUAAAAGAAGAUCGGAGCUCUCGCACCAAUCGUGCUCAAGCUACUUUGCACCGUCGUGGAACUCUUCUCUAGAGAACGGUUUGCUAUGGAUGGGAGGAAGUCGUCCUUCAUCUUUCAUUAGGGUUAUUUACGCAAUGUGUGGAUCCCAAACCGAAACUCAGCUUUCUCAGUAUCUUUUCAUCAAGAUCGAUGAAAACAUCCAUGAAAACCAUGGCGAUGGUUCCAUGAGUCAGCUUACCUCAACGCAACUCUGGCAAAUCAAUGAGUUACAUAUGAAGGUAAUAAAGGAAGAGGAUAAGAUAUCCAAGAAAGCUGCGAGUCUGCAAGAAGAUGCUGCGGAUAUGCCUAUCGCCGUCACGGCUUACGCAACGGAUUUAGUGGAGGCUGGCGUGGCGGUGGAGGAUGCUUUAGACAAGCAUGAAGAGUGUAUGGCGGUUUUGAUGGUGGAAGCUGAUAAGCUGAGGUUUGAGACACUUAGGAAGAUCGUUGAAGUUGUGACUCCGGUUCAAGCGGCAGAGUUCUUGCUCGCUAAGAAAAGACUUUACGUGUCGUUGCACGAGUGGGGAAGAGUUAGAGAAGAGCGUCGUUUUGGGUGUGUACGUGCGGAUGAUGCAGCCGCCGCAAGAGGCGGAGCCGGGAAGUCAAACGGGUCGGCCACUCGUUGAUGUGAGUAAGGUCUUAAUAUAUAUAUAUCAUUUUGAGAAGAAAAGAACUUCUUGUUAUGUUACGUUGUCUUUAUGAGGAAAACCAAAGUGGAAGACAUCAAACUGAACCAAAAUCCCGAACAACAAGUUAUGUUUAACUCGUUUCAUUGUGGUUUGUCUUUUACUUUUUUUUAGUUUUGGUCGAAGGUUUGUCUUUUAGUUAAUUUAUGCGGCUGAACAAAAAAGAAAAAAUUUAGUUAUGCUUUUACUUCGGUUGUAAGAGA